AGAAGCGGCAGAGCGGCGGAAGCGGCGGGAGAAGACCCCCGCAGCGAUGCUGCAGUCCCUAUGCUGGGCUCUGUUGGCCCCCACGCGGGCGCUGCUGUCGGUGCGGCGUUCGGUGACGCGGUUGGCGGUGGCGGCGGCGGCGGUGGCGGCGGGGGCGGCCUAUGGGCUGUGGGGGCUUUGGGUGCUGCUGAGCAGCGGUCCCCGGGGGGCGCUGAGCCGUAAGGUGAGGGCCGAACCCCCCCCCGGGUUGGAGGACGGAACCUACGGGCAGCACGGAUGGCUGAGGCUGAAGAGCUCAGGGCUGCGCCUCCAUUACGUCGCCCGCGGUCCCCCCGGCGCCCCACUGCUGCUGCUGCUGCACGGCUUCCCCCAGAACUGGUUCUGUUGGCGUCACCAACUGCUGGAGUUGGGCCGUCGGUUCCGGGUGGUUGCGUUGGACCUCCCCGGUUAUGGGGCGUCCGAAAAGCCCCCAGGAAAGGAGAAUUACAGCCCUGAAAUCGUCCUGGGGGACCUCCGAGAGGCCGUGGGGGUGCUUGGGGGGCAGAACGGGACCCAUAAGUGCGUCUUGGUGGGUCACGACUGGGGGGGGGUCCUGGCCUGGGAGCUGGCAGCCGCGCACCCGGAGGUGGUGGCCAAGUUGGUGGUGAUGGAUGCGCCCCACCGCGCCGCCAUGAUGGGCUUCUCAGCCCACCGCCCCACGCAGCUGCUCCGUUCCAGCUACAUCUUCCUCUUCCAGCUGCCGUGGCUCCCGGAGCUCCUCCUCUCUCUCGCUGACUUCCAGUUCCUCAGGACGCUCCUUAUGGGGCCGCGGUUGGGCAUCCAGAACCCAUCGCGGCGGAUGACGGACCCCGAAUUCGAGGCGUAUCUGUAUGGGCUCUCCCAGCCAGGGGGGCUCAGCCCCCCCAUCCAUUACUACCGGAACCUCUUCGGGUGAGUGGGGACCCCAAUGUGGGGUGG